AUGCAUCCACCCCUGCCCCCGCCCCAGCUGCCUCCGCCCCCCUCACCGCGUCAAGCGGGCCUGGGGAUCCAGCGGGCCGAGCUCCGCAGGGGCCUGGCACACCACCGCGUGGCCGACAUCCGGGGACAGGGGCUUCCAGAAGGCGCCAUCAAGUCAAAGAUUGCCAGGCAGGACAGAGGUGCUCGCCAUUUUCUGGUGCGGACCCACACGUACCUCUGCCGCGCCAUGAGGCUGCUGGCGAGACAUCACCCUGAUCCCACCACCUACUUCCCGGGGACCACCCCCCCCGCCGUCCCGGUCGGUACCGCCCCCUCCCCCGCCCCAUGGCGCGGGGAGCGCGGCGGCCCUCCUGGCCAGGCUGGCCGGCUCGCCCGGCUCCUGGAGCUGAGCUGCGACGUGGAGGAAGACUGCAGCCGCGUGGCCCGCGGGUUCGAGUCCUGCCGCCAGAGGUGCUGCCGCCUGGGACUGGACCUGCGCCGGGCCCGCGAGCAGCUGCUGGCGGCGGAGAGCGAGUGCUCGGCGCUGCGGGUGAAGCUCAAACACGCCCGCAACCAGGUGAAGGUGGAGAUGGGGAAGCGGCACCGGGCCGAAGCCGAGCUGGAGAAGCAGGAACGGAAGCUGCAGCUGAUCUUUGACUUCCUGAUGCAGGAAUCCCCCAGCACCGCCCUGAGCGAGGGGCAGCGCUCGGCCCUGGCCCUGCUGGAUGGGCCCCGGCUGGGCACGGCCCUGGUGCCAGCGAGCAGGUUAGUGCCUCCCCCUUCCCCCCCAGAGCUGACCACGGUGUGGGGGAGUAGUGAGGACUCGGACACCCACCUGGAGAGUGGGGCAGGGCUGGAGCCCAGGGGACUGGACCCCUUCCCUUCCCCCCCGCAGCGGGUGCCACCGCCCCAGCACCUCUUCACUUCCAAAACGGUGAUCCGCCCCGAAUCCUGCUCCGUCUGUGGCUCCCGCGCCCGCUUCGGGCGGGUGGUGCUGCGGUGCCGGCAGUGCCACCUGCUGCUGCACCCCGAGUGCCGCGGGCGCUGCCCCAGCCUGUGCAUCCCGGGCCCUCGGCCCCGGCCCCGGGAGGGUGUCCUGGCCGACUUCGCACCCCCUGUGGCCCCCCGGGUGCCUGCCCUGGUGGUGCAGUGCGUGAGCGAGGUGGAGCGCAGGGGCCUGACGGAGACAGGGCUGUACCGGGUGCCCGGUGCGGAGCCGCUGGUGCGGGAGUGGAAGCAGAAGCUGCUGCGGGCCAAGGGGGCGCUGCCCUCGCUGGGCCGCGUGGGUGACGUGCACGUGGUCUGUGGGGUGCUCAAGGACUUCCUGAGGGGCCUUAAAGAGCCGCUGGUCACCUUCCACCUGCACCCUGUCUUCCUGCGGGCUGCUGACAUCCCGGAUGAGGCCGCCUGCCAGGCAGCCUUGUGCCACGUGGUGAGCAAACUGCCCCCCGCCAACCAGGACACGCUGGCCUUCCUCAUGCUGCACCUGCUGAGGGUCGCUCAGAGCCCCGAGUGCAGGAUGGACGAGCUGAAUCUGGCCCGCGUCUUUGGGCCCACGCUGGUGGGGCACGGCACGAGCAGCCCCACACCCCUGGCCGUUCUGGAGGACACGCCGCAGCAGUGCAAGGUGAUGGCUCGUCUCCUGUCGUUGCCCCCCGAGUUCUGGAGGCGCUUUGUGGGGAUGGAGCUGGAGAACCUGGUGCCUGCGGCCGCGAGCAACCCCCUGGCGCUGAACAAACAGGAGCGGCUCUUCUGCCCCCUCUCAUCCCCCGAGAUGAACUCGACUCAGCUGAACCCGACCGGCUGCUGCCUUCCUGACCCACGGCGGAGCUGCGUGGGCACCACGGGCACAGGCCUGCAGGUGCUGGGCUCCAGGAAGAUGGGCCGCUUCUUCCCCUCCCUGCUGUAGGCCCUGGAUGGCUCCCCCCACGGCUCCGAGGGGGGGGAAUGGGCAGCUG